AAGGCGCAACCCUUUUCGUGCCCCCUUCCUUUCCUGCUGUCAAGAGCCUGUCGCCGAGGGAGAAAAUUACCAGUUCCAGAGUCCCACUCUCUUUCUCUCUCUCUCGAAAGCUGAUGCGAUGAACUGCCUCCAGAAUCUCCCGAGAUGCUCGUCCUCGCCGCCGCCCGGAUUCGAAUGCCGCCGCCGCCGUCAAGUCAAGCCGCCGUGCUUUCUCAGGAUCGCCGGAGCGGUGGAUAAUGCCGAUCGUCGGAAGGGCCUGGCUUUGAAGGCGGUGUCGGGAUCCACAUCCAGCGCGGAAAUGAGCGGCUCUGAAAUGCAGGAGGAGGAGGAGGAGAAAUCGGAGGAAUACAGCACCACCAUGACGGAAGCAAUGGGUGCUGUUUUGACUUAUAGGCAUGAACUAGGAAUGAACUACAACUUCAUCCGACCGGACUUGAUUGUGGGUUCGUGCCUACAGACUCCAAAAGAUGUUGACAAGCUUCGUGCUAUCGGAGUGAAGACCAUUUUCUGCUUACAGCAAGACCCGGAUUUGGAAUACUUUGGGGUUGAUAUUAAAGCAAUCCGAGACUAUGCUGGAACGCAUGAUGGCAUUCAACACUUGCGGGCUCAGAUAAGCAGAGAUUUUGAUGCAUUUGAUUUGCGGAUGCGGCUCCCAGCAGUAGUCAGCAAACUUUACAAGGCCAUAAACCGGAAUGGGGGUGUCACAUAUAUACAUUGUACAGCCGGACUCGGAAGGGCUCCUGCUGUGGCGUUAGCAUACAUGUUCUGGGUUCAGGGAUAUAAACUCGGUGGAGCUCACAGAUUAUUACAGAGCAAACGGUCAUGCUUUCCCAAGCUGUAUGCCAUAAAAAGUGCUACUGCUGAUACUCUUACAGGAUUUAAAAAGAAGCCAAUCAGCCUGACGUGGCAAGAUGGCAACUCUUCCUCUGUGGAAGUUUCUGGACUUGAUAUCGGAUGGGGCCAGAGACUUCCUUUGCAAUUUGACGAGGAACAAGGACUGUGGAAACUCACGAGAGAACUGCCAGAAGGAGACUACGAGUACAAGUACAUUGUAGAUGGUGGAUGGACGUGCAACGAACAUGAGCUUGUUACUUCUCCAAACAAGGAUGGCCACGUCAACAACUAUAUCAAAGUUCUUGGUGAUGAUCAUAGUAGUGUCGGUGCAGCACUGCGAAGUAGGCUGGCUGCCGAUGAUCCUGAUCUUACAAAAGAUGAACGUCUGCAAAUCCGACAAUUUCUUGAAGCUUACCCAGAUGAAGAGUAAAAAGUUGCCAGCAAGUUAACUCCACAGCCCCCGACCCUUAAUAAAGGAAGAAAUAAGAGUUCUCCGCUGGGAAGAAGCAAGUUCAUUACUUCUUCCAGAAGCUAUUAGAGGAAAAUAAUUCAUCUUUUGCAGGGAACGUCCUAUAUAUCAUAUAGAUAAAGUUAGUCUAUCAAAUAAGUGAAAAAAUAAGAGACUUUCAGUGUACGUGAGAGAGUUCUUUGAGCCUUAGCCGGUGAAAUAAGGUCAUGCUUACAACCUGUGUACAAUUAGACGAGCUUAUGAACUUAGUUGAGCACAUUUAUGAAUACAAACAGUCACAUGCGCGCGUUUUACA